CUGUUUAGCUGCUACAUAAACAAUCAAAAGGUGCAGCUUCCGGAAGAUGCCCCUCCUUGGUCAUUGGUUUUGUGCGUUUCGGCAUUUGAUCUUGACCUUGGUGCUGCAGGCCUGCUGGCAUACGAUUUCGACGCACCAGAAAAUAUAUACAGGAAAUUCGCCAUCGACUCAGAAAGUGGAUGCAUUCUUCUGAAGCAGAGACUGAAGGACGACGAACAGCACAUGUACAACUUCACGGUUCGCGUUUCUGAUCAUGGAAAUCCACCGCUGACUACUCGAUGCCACGCAAGUUUGGAGCUGCUCAAAGUUCGGACUAACCGCUACCCACCAGUUUUUGAUAACAUCGCCGUCGAAGCCUCAGUUUUCGAAAAUGAACCACAGGGCACAUCGGUCGCUAAGGUAUUGGCUAAGGACGCGGACGCCGGCCCUCAUGAAAUAAUAACAUAUUCGCUGACCGGCGGAGACGGAGCGGCAUUUUUUGUCAUUGACUACAUGGGCGAAAUCAGGACGAAGAAGAUGCUCAAUCGCGAGAAGAAAGCCUACUAUUGGUUAGAGGUGGAAGCAACCGACUCUGAUCGAAACGACAACGCACCGAUUCCCACAGAGCCCGUGUUCCACGGAUCAGUGAAAGAGAACUGCGCUGCGGGUACGUCGGUUUUGGUCGUCUCUGCAGAUGACCUCGACUCGCCUUCCGGUCCUCUCAACUACACCAUCAAAAGUGGCAACACUCAAAGCCUCUUCGACAUCAACCCGACUACUGGUAAUUUUAGGUUUUGUUAAUG